GCAUGAAAGAAAAGAAAAUGAAAUAAAGGAUACCAGAACAGAAGAAGAACAAGGGUUUUUACUACUUUGGAUAAGCCUUUCUCGCUCUCUCUUUAUGAACAAUUUUCAGCCUUUCAGAAUAAUUUUCUCAUCUUUCUAUAUCUAGAAUGAUUAAGGGGCAAGGUAGGAAUGUGAGUUAUUGAGUUUAUUUACAAAAGAAAAUUGGAGAGAACAGAGUGAGGUAACUCUCUUGAAUCUCCCCAGUUCUAUUCUUCUCCAUGGAUGUCCCAUGACAGCCAUUUCUUCUUCCUUCCUUCAUGCUCAAAUAAACAAAUAAAAGAGAGAGGCAAAAAGGAGACACACCAACAACGCCAAAGAACAAAUAUUCACCACCAUUAUCAUCGUCUCUUCAAAAAUGAUUUUAAUCACGUGCAUUUUCUCAAAAUGUCUCUGUUUGUUGCUCUCUUUCUCUUCCAUUGCAAGGGCUGCCCACAACCUCACUCUUCCCCAUCAACACCCUGAACCUGAAGAAGUUGUUCAACAUGUUCAAAGGAUGGUUAACGCGUCUCUCUCAAGACGCCAAACUCUCUCGAUUCAACAAAAAGACCAAUGUCUCACUGGCAACCCCAUUGACGACUGUUGGCGCUGCGAUCCCAACUGGGCCACCACCAACCGCCAACGUUUAGCUGACUGUACCAUAGGCUUCGGCCAGGGCACACUCGGCGGCAAAGGCGGCCAGAUCUACGUUGUCACCGACUCCUCCGACCGCAACCCUGCCAACCCCACCCCCGGCACUCUCCGUUACGCCGUCAUUCAAGAAGAACCCCUCUGGAUAGUCUUCUCUUCCAACAUGCUCAUCAGACUCAAACACGAACUCAUCAUUAACAACUACAAAACCAUCGACGGCCGUGGCGCCAUCGUCCACAUUACCGGCAACGGAUGCUUAACUAUUCAAUAUGUCUCCCACGUCAUCGUCCACAACAUCCACAUUCACCAUUGUAAACCUUCAGGUAAUACUAUGAUAGCAUCGUCACCAACUCACGUAGGCUACAGAGGACGAUCAGACGGCGAUGGGAUCUCCAUCACGGGGGCUCACAAAAUCUGGAUUGAUCAUUGCUCGCUAAGCUAUUGCACGGACGGCUUGAUCGAUGCGAUACUUGGGUCCACGGCGAUCACGAUAUCGAACAACUAUUUUUCGCAUCAUAACGAAGUGAUGUUGUUAGGGCACAACGACAAUUACCUGCUGGACAUCGGGAUGCAAGUAACGAUAGCGUUUAAUCACUUCGGUGAGGCGCUGGUGCAGCGUAUGCCUCGGUGUAGACACGGGUACAUACACGUGGUCAACAACGAUUUCACUGCAUGGGAAAUGUAUGCUAUCGGUGGUAGCGCUAAUCCUACAAUCAACAGUCAGGGAAAUCGAUACACGGCUCCGGCUGAUGAUAAUGCCAAGGAGGUGACGAAGCGCGUGGACACAGACGAGAGAGAGUGGACAGAUUGGAACUGGAGGACUGACGGGGACAUAAUGGUAAAUGGAGCGUUCUUUGUGCCCUCGGGUUUGGGUCUCAGCACCCAAUACGCCAAAGCCUCGAGCGUUGAGCCCAAAUCUGCUGCCCUUAUUGAACAACUGACGAUGAACGCCGGACCAAUUGGUGGACCCAGGGAGGGGAGUGCGAGCAUUUCAAAUCCCGGGUUCAGCGUAGACGGCAGUGGGGCCGGAGGCAGCACCAGCAGGUCGGGUGGCAAUGAUGGUGACUACUUUGGAAUGAUAUUUGGGAGCGGCGCACCGCCGUGCCCACCACCAUCGUCAAUCUUUUUGUCUUUUCUAAUUAUUUUAAUUUUAUAUGUUGGCAUCAACCAUGGUGCUCUUCUAUCAUUACAAUUAUUAUUGUUAUAGAAAUGAAAGGAAGAUAGGAAUCAUUAUAUUUUAGAUAACAAAAAAAAUAAUUUUCUUUGCA